UUGAUCAGCACUCUCAUCGACCAGCGGCCAAACAUGGCAGCCUCCGCCGCGGACCCUCUCCCCUUCCCCAAUUUCUCCGACGUGGUCCUCCCCUCCGAUCGCGCGCGGCUUGCAGGCCUCUCGCCCACCGCGGUGCAAGCCUGGACAGCUUCCCGCGCCGCAGAGUACCGACGUCUCGCUCUUGGCCUCUUCAGCAUCUACAAUGCCGUCACCCCUAUAAACCGCGCCCUCCCCACCGAGAUGCUCUCUGAGAUCUUCGCCCAUUGCUGGCAGGAAGACAACAGCCGUAGUAUCCGCGUCACGCAUGUUUGUCGCCUGUGGCGCGCGAUCGCACAUAAGACGCCGCGCUUCUGGGCGGCCGCUGCUUCAGCUCCAGGCCCGAUGCUCGACUUCGAAGGAUGGGACGACUGGCCCUCAGAAACGCGCGAAACACGCUUGGCCUGUCUCACGACAGUUCUCGCGCGUACGAAACCCGAGCCCGUUAUCGUCGCGGUGCGAGGUUUCCAGUCCCCUAUUCCCUCGGUCCUGCUGCCGUGUGCUUCGCGGCUCGCGGCCUUGCACGUCACCCUCACAGGUCUCGACCAGAUUUCCGCCUUGCGCGAUCUGCUU